AGCAAUCAAGCAUACAAUGCAUUAAAUUAUAAUGAUGGAUUCUUUGAAACACAUUUGAAAAAGUUACUCCAUUAAAAAGAUUACCUUCAAAUGGAUCAAAAAAUCUGUCACGAUAAAAUUUAAUACGUUUGGAGUAGAAAGUUCUGUAUACGCACUUGUAUUAAAUUGUUUGCUUAUUUUCUGCCGUUGAAAAAGGUUCGAGAAUAUAGUUUUGAAAAACACUGCUCCAGACUUUGUAGCAUCGAUAACUUUAUCUUGAAAGAAUUAGAUAAUAAACCAAUUUUGCCAAAGAUACGCAUCAAAUCUAACAAAUCGAUUACAGGAAACGUGUCAACAUACACUUCACGCAGUAUACAUCUAUUGUACACACGUAGAAACCCUACCCCAGGUUGAAAUUAUAUAAUACGCCUAUAAAAGGGGAAAGAUUAGUUUUUACUCUGCCACAGUAAAUCUUACAGCAGGUGUAGGCGUGCCGAGCAUCCUCCAUUAGCUCGGGGAUAACCAUUCGCGCCAACGGAUUGUUAUAAUCCAGCUGAUGAUGAAGUGGAUAAUAACGUUUUGUGCAGUAUUCCUAUCGUCCAGCUUGGGACAUAAUGAACCAGAAUGGUGGAAGUCAAUGUCGCUUUAUCAGAUUUAUCCCAGAAGCUUCAAGGAUAGCAAUGGCGAUGGUGUUGGAGAUCUUGCUGGUAUCACGAGCAAGCUGGAACAUUUUACCGACAUAAACGUCGACGCCUUUUGGUUAUCUCCGAUCUACCCCAGCCCGAUGGUCGAUUUUGGCUACGACAUUUCCGACUUCAUCAAUAUCGACCCAAUAUUCGGUACCAUGGAGGACUUUGAGAAGCUCACGAAGGCCGCACACGACGCGUCUAUCAAAGUCAUCAUGGACUUCGUUCCUAAUCACUCGUCGGACAAGCAUGAAUGGUUCCAGAAGAGUCUGCAAAGCAUCGAACCCUACACGGAUUACUACGUGUGGCAUAAAGGGAAGGUGUUGCCCAAUGGAACGGCCACGGUACCAAAUAAUUGGGUGAGCGUGUUCGGUGGACCAGCAUGGACUUGGCGCGAGGAACGACAAGCGUAUUAUUUCCAUCAAUUCGCCCCGGAACAGCCGGACCUCAAUUACGAGAACGAGAAAGUAGUGAAGGCUACGCAGGACGUCCUGAGAUUCUGGCUCAACAAGGGAGUGGACGGAUUCCGUAUAGACGCGGUGCCACAUUUGUGCGAGGAUUCCAAGUUCUUGGACGAGCCGCUCACGGGUAACCCGAAUCCUAACGACUACGGCUAUACGCAUAAGAUAUACACGAAGGACCAGCCGCACACGUACAAAAUAGUCAAAGGAUGGCGAGAAGUGCUGAACGAGUACUCGAACAGAGUUAUGAUGAUCGAGGCUUACACAAGCAUGUCGAUGACGAUGAAGUAUUACGUGUACGGGGCGCACUUUCCCUUCAAUUUCGGCCUGAUCACCGAUACGGAUAAGAACUCCAAAGCGAACGAUUUCAAGAGGACGAUCGAUAAGUGGAUGCUGAACAUGCCCCUCCUGGACGGAACUGCUAACUGGGUGGUUGGUAAUCACGAUAAAUCUAGAUUAGUGACCCGUUACGGAGAGUACCGAGCACAAGCUGUAACUAUGAUGGCACUAUUGCUUCCGGGCGUGGGUGUGACUUAUAAUGGCGAAGAAAUAGGAAUGGAGGACACGUGGAUCUCAUGGGAAGACACCAGGGAUCCGCAAGGUUGCAAUGCUGGUAGAGAAGGUUUCGAAAAGGCGUCCCGGGAUCCCGCCAGAACACCAUUCCAAUGGGACAAUACUACCUCAGCUGGCUUCUCCACGAACCCGAAAACAUGGCUGCCAGUUAACAAAAACUAUGUGACACUUAAUUUAGCGGCGCAAAAGGAACAAAGCAAGUCUUAUUAUGCUCUGUACAAAGCGGUUUCUGCUUUGCGAAAAUGGCCAGCGAUUAAACAAGGAACUCUGGUCACGAGAUUAUUAGGCGAUAACGUAUUUGUCUUUGCUAGGACAACCAGUGGAGAGCGAUCGGUUUACGUGGUGGUGAACUUCGUAGAUAAAGAAGAAACUAUUGACUUGUCAACGCUUGUUCACGCCAAUCGAUUGAACGUUUAUUACGCCACUACGAAUGCUCAUCAUCUCAUCGGAAACAUCAUUGAAGAUAUUACCACCUUGAAGAUUCCCGCAUCAGCAGCCGUGAUAUACACUACUCUAAACUAAAGUCGAGUGAGAAGUUAUCAAAUUUCUUACAGCUUGCCGCUCUUAUUUCUUGCUUGUAUUUCUAUAUCCACGUAACGUUGCUAUUUUAUUUAUUAACGUUUUGCACAGAAUAACGUUUCUAGACAGCUCAGAAUCAAAUAUUAAAGAAAAAAUAAUAGACACUCAUAAGGUGAAGAUAAAUGAUAUUAUUAUCAAUUGUUUUAAACUAUACAGAUUCAGGUAUAUUAUAAUUAUAAUAAAUAUUACAUUUUUCAACUAAUAUAAAAUAUGAAUAAAGCUAAAUUUAAUUUGAAAA